GAGGCCGUCUCUCGAACGAUCAUCGUAAACCCCCAUCCCGACGACGAUGGCGGCGACAUGAUGGUUGUUCUGCGAACAUCCAGGUCUCCACCGCCGCUGCGGGAGGCUUCGAGGAACAACAGGGAUCCUCCGAGUCAGCAAUUUCGGUCACCGUUUGUGUCUACAGGUGCCUCCGCUCGCCCCCAAUGGAUGCACUCUCUGUCUCCCCUGUCCGCCGGUUCGAGUGCAGGCCGCUGUCUUGGCGAGUGCGGGGAGACGGCGCGUGGCAUCGCUGAUGUUGGUGACGCACGUGACGGGAGGGAGGUGUGGGCAGAACAGCGACGGUUGAUGCGGUCGGGGCGGGAGGAGUCCAUAACUCGGGGGGUGCAACGAUUGCGUGUUGGGGAACACAAACACGACGGCGAGGAAGCAGUGGCGGACGCGCACAACCCCGACUGGAACGACAACGGCGCUGAAGGUGGGGAGGACAACGCAGGCUACGUUUCGCCGUCGAAGCAGGCGGCCGUGAUGGGAGGGAGGGGCGGGAAGACGAAGUCGUGUGCCGACAACGGUCGUCGGGGCAAAAAGGCGGCAGGCAAGGGUAGCGAUGCCGAAGGUGACGUCGAUGGGGAAGGAGGUCGUCAGUUCUGGUCCGUCAACAACAUUAUAGCCCUCAUCCGAGCUAAACGUGAUCAGGAUGCGCAUCUGCAGGGGAUGGGUCACGCAUACGCUCGGAUGAAGCCGCGAGAAUGGAAGUGGCUGGAUGUGGCGACGAGGUUGAAGAAGGUGGGCGUCGACAGAGAGGCAGAUCGGUGCGGGAAGAAGUGGGAUAAUCUGAUGCAGCAGUUCAAGAAGGUGCAUUACUUCCAAGGACUGUCCGGGAAACCAGACUUCUUCCAAUUGUCUGGGAAGGACAAGAUGUCGAAGGGCUUCAAUUUCAAUAUGGAUCGUGCGGUUUACGAUGAGAUAUUGGGGUCGACCGCCAAGAACCACACCAUAAACCCGAAGAACGUCGCCGACACGUGUGCUCAGGGUGGUGUGCGUCUGCCGUCCGCCUCUUCUGCGGAUCCCGAAUCUGUGGGCGAUGGGGACGGUGGUGCAGAGCACGACGACGACGACGACGGGCCCAUGAAAGGUUCUUCGCAGACGACGGGUGGCGCAAGCGGUUUCGGCAAGAGGAAGAGCACGAGGCAGCAAACUUUUGAGGCAAUGACUGAAUGCAUGGAGAAGCACGGGGCACUAAUGGCGUCGACGAUGGAGAGCAACAGCAAGCGUCACUGCUCCAUCGCCAUAUGGAAGUGUGAGGCGCUCGAAGAGGAGGUCAAAGUGCAGAAAAAGCACUACGCAGCGUCAGACGAAGUCAGCAAGCUUAUGUGCCACACCUUGCUGGAGAUAGCGAAGGACAUCGCCAAGCGUUAGACUUCGUGCCGCCUCUGUUGUGCUCUCAGUUCGCUUCCAUGGAUGUG